AUGUUUUAAGAUGAAAUUCUUGCCGAUAAACAUUUAAUUCUAGAAGGAAUAAUAAAGGAUUUCCAACCAUAGAAAGUAAAUGAGUACCAACAAUUCAACGACAUUGAAGAAUUAUUGAAAGGAACACCAAAUAUAGAAGUGGAAUAAUAAUGCAAUCAAUCUAAGGUUUCCAUUUAGCCUGAAACUCAAGUUGAAAAAUAGUAUACCAAUGAAGAAAUAGAUAAACUCUUGCAUUAAAUCACAUCGGGAGAGUAUCCUUCAAGCAAUAGAGAAAGCAUUAAACAAACUGAGCAAAACAAACAAAUUCCAUACAUCUUGGAUUACGUGGAUUAAUUAGAAAAAGAACCUUAUCAAGUCAUCCAAAAAUAAAAUGACGAUUCAGAUUUGAUUUAGCAUUAUGAGAAUCAGAAAUAGGCUAAUAAUACUUUUCAAGAAGUCAAAAUGGACCGCAAACUUAAGGAUCUUUAUUCAUCAAUCUUUUAAAAUGACUUCAGAAUUAAAUGCAUCACUUGUUUUAGCAGUACUAUUGCUAUUGGAACUACAAAAGGAUUCAUUUAUUUAAUCAGUGACAAAAUUGUUAAAUUAGAAUCAGAUCCUAGCAUUACUGUUUGUCCCAUAAUAUGUUUAAGAUUUAAUGAAGAUGGGCAAUACCUGUUGGCUGUUUCGCAAUAGUAAAUUCUAUUAUACAACAAGAAUAAAUUUUGCAAGGCUUUUCAGAAAAUGACUGAGGGUAUACCAAUUACUAUGACUAUGUUAAAUGGAAAUAAGGAUUUUUUUUGUUAAUUCUUGGUUUGUGAUUCUCUAGGUAAAGUGAAUUUGAUGAAAAUUAGGAAGAAUUUAUUUACAUAUGGUAUAGAAAGAUAUCCAUUAUUUCAGGAUUGUGCUUUUGGAGUGUGUCAUUGUUGUGAAUCUAUUAAAAUUAAAGAUAUUUAAACUGUUGCAUUUGUGUAUAAAGCAGUAGUCUUUGUUGCAAUUGUAGAGCCUAAAAUAUUUUUGAUCUUUAAAAAGAAGUAUGAAGUAAAAAAACGAUAACUCCUUUGUGCAAAAUGGUAAAUCGAAAGUGAGAAUCCUGUUUUAGCUGUUAGUAAUGGCAAGGUGAUAGAAAUAAUUAAGAUGAAUUAUGAAAAUAAGGAAGGAAAGUUUAUCACCACUUUUGAAGUAAUUCUAACAUAUAAUUUGAAUGAUGAUGUCUAAUUCUUAUCAUGGAUGAGUGAUAACAUAUUAUUCUUAAAAAAUGAUAGGAAGAAGUAUUCAUUAAUCGCUAUUUCUGAGAUUACUGAAAAUAAUGUUUUAGUGGUCUAAUCACAAUUAUCAUAAGAUGUUGCUGAUUAACAAAUAGGUGAAGAUAAGAUUUAAUCUUUCUAGAAUACUAUAUGUCAAAAUCAUAAUUAAUUAUAUUACAUUCAAAUCGACGAGAAUGGACAUCAACAAUAAAAUAUUAUUCAUUAUUAAUUGAUAACUUGGUAGGAUUACAUUGAAUAAUUGACAUCUAAUCACAAAUGGACAGAGUGUAUGGGAUUAUGUUUAUAUUUAUAUUUGGGUAAACAGUUAAAAUUUGCUGGCUUACCAAAAACUGGAAGACAAGAAUUCUUAAGACCAUAUUUUAAUGAGAGACUCAAAUAAUUUGUUGAAAUUAGUAUUUCUCAUCAAACAAUUGGUGUGCUUAUUCCUACAAUUAUUGAAUUCAUGGUUACUAUAGAAUCCUAUGAAUAUUUAUUUAGAGAAAUCAAAAGCAUUCUUCAAAAACACAAUUUAGAAUUGCAAUUUUAUAAUAGCUUAGAACCAUUUAUCUUAAAGAAUUCAAUCAAAUUCAUACCUGAUGACUCUUUGAAAGAUAUAAUGAUUUAUUUAAUCAAUUAGUAGAAAAAAUUAAACAUCUUGAAAUAACUAAUAAUUAAUUUAGAUAUUAAAUUGUUGGAUCCCAUAAUAAUCUAAUAAUUAUGUAUAGAAAAUAAUUUAUUUACUCUCUUAAUUUAUAUUUCACCUAGAGUUGAUGAAGAUUAUAAAACCCCUCUAUUCAAAAUGUAUGCAGUUUAUAGGUAAUUGAUUAAAGGAGAUUAAAUGUCUCUAGAAAAGUAUUACAAGUCAAUCUAAGUUAAUUUGAGUGAAAAUCAAUCUACGAUAGAAAAAGAAAUCCAAUUGUUAGGUUACAAAUGUUUGUGGAAUCUUCAUAUGUUGUUGAUUGGUGAGUUAUUUCCAUAAUAGAAAAUACCAGAAAAUUAAUGGGCAUCUAUUAUAGCUGAAAUCUUAUCUUGGUUAUUACAAUAUGAUACUCUGGAAGAAUUUUUAAAAAUUGAUUCUUCCAUUUUUUUAAAUGAAUUAUUGAUAAUAUUCACAAAUAAGGAGAAAUAUGAACAACUUGAGUAACAUAAGAUCACUAUAGCAAAUGAAUAAUUAUAAGUUGACGAUUUAAGCUUAUCAGAAAUUGUUAUUUUAUUAUUAGAAGCAUCAUCUAAGAAGUUAAAUCUACUCGAUUAGCUAAGUACUUUCGUAUAUGAAAUUAUGAAGUUAGGAUACCCAAUUAAAUAUGAACACUUUUUGAAUGUUGUUAAAUGUCAUUUCAAAGAUCCAUACACUAAUUUAUAAACUUUGGUUGAAAAAAGCAAUCAUAGAUUUCAACAUCUAGAAUACUUCAAAUAGCCAGAUUUUAAUAUACAAAAUAAAAAUAUUAGAGAUUCUGUGUUUGUCUCUUAUAUUAAUCAAUUUAAAGAUAAAUUAAUGAAUGACUAAGAGGCAAUAUCCACAAUAAUAUAGGAAGCUUCUUGUUCUGAACUUCAAUCUGUAAGAGUUAAGGCCCAGAUAUAUUUCAUAAAAGAUUAAUGGUAAUUUUGUUUAUAAAAUUUAUUGACUUCAAAUAAUGAGGAUGACAAAAUUUUCAUAUUUGAUUACAUUGAACAGAUGAUAAAUGUGAAUUAGUAUUCUUAACUCAGAACUGAAAUUUUGAAAUAUGUGUUGAGCAUUGUGCCAUAAUUGGUGAGCAUUUGUGCUGAGAAAUUAAGAUAAAUCCUUUAAUAUUAUAAUGAAGAGGAUUAUAAAGCAGCAAUAGAAAUGUUAGACUCUCAUCCAAAUUUAAAAUUGAAAUUACUUUCAGAGAUUAUUUAAGAAAAAAGAAAUAAUAAAUAUUUAGUAGAAGACAAAUUAAUGAUUUCCUUUUUCAAAUUAAUAUGUUAAUAUCAUCCAAAAGAUGCAUAUGAAUAAUUGCAAUAUGGAGACUUCCCUUAAGAUGAAUGUUUGAGAUUGUGUGAAGAUUUUCAAAUAAUGAAAGGAGUGGCAUUCUUAAAAGAAAGAAGUGGUCGUUAUAUGGAGGCUUUGAAUUUGUAUUUUGAUAUUAUUAGUGUUGAAUUAAAAAAGAUGUAAGUGAUAGAAUAUGAUUAAUAAAGCCAAAUUGAACAAAUCUAAAUUUUAAUUUUGCCUUGUUUGAAAAUCUGUAGAGAUAAUCACUCAAAUGAAGAAGAAAGUACUAGCUUUUGGUUUACUCUUGUUAUACGAAUGGUUUAGUUGAGAGAGGAUUUCAAAUAUAACAAGAACAUCUUUAAAUCUUUAAACAAUGUGUAUUAGGUAAUGUUGGAAGAAUUGUUGGAAAGAGUUCAUCUCUAUUAAAUAAUAAUGAACAUUAAAAUAUUAUUUGGAUCAUUUACUCAUUUAGAGGAAUUGAGGAGAACAUUCAGUAAACUCUUGUCCUCCUGUUCAUUUGAGCUUUAUAAUCAAUAAUAGUUGAUUAGGGUAUUAUAAAUGGAUUAUAUGAAAAAUUUGAUGAGCUUAUUUGAAUUGCAAUAGAUUGGAGUUAAUUUCAGUCCUUCUUGUUAGACUUGCUUUGAAAUUCGAAAUUAAUAUAUGUUAGCAUUUAUGGGAUGCAGUCAUCUAUAUCAUCAUGGUUGUGCACCUAAAAUUUAGAAUAUGAUAGUUUGUGAAUAAUGUUUAACCUAAAAUUCUUAUAAAUUGAGAAUAUAACUAGAUUCAAUCGUUUAAAAAAAUGGAAGAUAAAUGCCAACUAUCAAAAUGAAAAACCAGGAAUAAAUAGAAGAUGAGGAAAUGACAAAAGAAGAGAUUCGCAUGAAUAGGAUUAACAAAUGGAAAAGACAUGAUAUUGAAAAUGAAAUUAGCGAAUAAUAAUAUUACUGA